AUGCGAGCCUUGGUUUUCGUCUCUCUAUGUUGCGCCGUCUGCGUCUCGCAGGGUCCCAUGUUCUCUGCACUUUUGCCAGUGCCUGACGACUACCUUCUCUCCGAACAGGAGUUCCAGAAGUGAGAAUUAAGAAGCUUAACGAGAAGAUUACUGUAGUUUUUGUCAUUUUUCGUCUAAAGACUUCAAUUUUCAGAUUCUUCUUCACCGACUCGAAAGACUUUCUCCUCGGCCAAUGUAACAGUGUUCAGUUUAAUACCGCUCAGGUGAGGAAUUUUGUAAUAGUUACAGGUAGGAAACAAAUUUUGAUCGACCUGACUUUUCUCCUUUCCUUUUUUUUAGUUGAUUUUUAUAUUAUUCUAAGCCCAUGUGGAGAGAAAACACACGCGGAUAGGCCAAAAUUUGUUAUGGAGAGUUCGAUAUGGUAGAAAGAGGAAUGGGAAAGUAAUUUUUGUCAUUUGGCUUUUAUUUAGAAGCUGUGACUGGCUACAAAACGGAAAAAAGCCGUUCUUCAAGUUCUUCAAGUUGUUUGUCAAUAAAUAAACCUAAACCACGAACUUACCUGAAUAAAAAAUUUCAGAACUUCGGACCGACAAAAGCUAUUUUCGAUUAGGAUAAUCGUCAGCCAAAAUUUUAAAAAAAAUCGUUUGGUGCGCUGGGCAGGGGUGUCAAAAUUACUUCUCGGAUCUCCGUUAACAGAAACCGGACCAGACGGGAAGUUUCUGAGUAAUUCUAGGCAUUACUUAAGAGAGCUGACGCUACUAAAGUGGUCACUAAAACUACUACCUGUCCGGUUCACCUUACCAAUAUCCGAGUUUGGAGCGGAUAGGUUCGAUUAUUUAUUGACCAACUAGAAGAUGUUCGGAGCUCGAUCUCAAGUUAUAUUCCUGAGAAGAGCUGCGAGUUUCAGUGACAACUUUUUUAGAUUUUGAUUCAUUUUAAAAAGCUUUAUCCUACAUGUAUAGGCCGGCUUUGCGAACGCGAUCGGAGCCCCGGUGACGACAACUUGGCGCGACGCCUACCUUCUCACCAACCUCACCUACACUAUGAUCAACCAGGGUCUCGACAGUCUGGCUGCCGUCUGCACGUCUGUUUCCGUUUCUGUCCAAAAAACUGUCUCUUAUUUCAAGUCCUGAAGAAGAUAAAAUCUUUUUGAGUUCGCCCAGCUAUCGCUUUGGAGACUAAGGAACCGAACGUGUAGUUUGAAUUGAAAAAAUAGGACGAUUUUGAGACCCUUUUUCUUGUUUUUUUGAAUACAUUUUAAUCAAUACAUUUUUUGAAUAGGGUGAUCGUAUACUCUUGGUAGCUAUACAGUUCGAUAUGUGGAAACAACAGCGCCUUGCGUACUAAUAAAUAAAUUUUUUUAUUAAAAAUUUAAACAUUUUUUUCUUGAAACGUAUAAUGAGCAGUGUUCAAGAAAUCGUGUUUAGUCUAGAACUUCAAGCUUUUUGAGAGUUAAAAUGUACUCAGAAAGAGAGUUGUGCACAAAUUUCCUUUCUGCAGCCCUUAUUGAACCAUAUCUAUCUAGUUUUUUAGAAAUCGAAAUCUUCUUUCUUGAUUUUCGACUGAAACGAGAUUUUUUUUGUUUUUUUUUGCCCUUUUCCGAGAACUACACAAUAAACCUUCAGUAUUUUCUUAGCCCCUCAUUUUUGAUCAAAACAAUACUUUUCCAGAGCUCGACAGCAGUUCGUCCAGACUCUUGGCGCCUCCUACGACACCUGCGUCAACAAGUUCUACCUGUUGGGUCAGGGCCAGACGACCUUCGGAAACGUUCUUUUCUACACUCAUCUGAUGCGACAUCUCGAGUUCAUCUGCAGUUCCGGAUUCGACGGUUCGCUUCUUUAAGUUUUUGAUUUGAGGACUGAAAAAUCGUGAAAAUCUGAUAUUCCUAAUCUGGCAUUUUGUCAUUUUUUUUUUCAAUGAUCUCUUCGAGAAGUUUCUUAAUAAGGAAAUGUCUGAGAUGAAAAAAUGAAAAAAAAUCGCAGACCUGGUCCAAACGUUUGUCAAAGUUGCCCUAACUAUGAGUUCUCGAAAACGAGAAAAGGUAUCUGCUAAGCGCUUGAUGGUACCGGAAUAUAUCCGGUCUAACACGUAAGACGUACCGAAAGUGGUCAAAAAAUGUUUCUCAUCUAGUUUUCGGAAAAAAUGUUAUUUUUCCUGUUGCGGAUGCUAGGAUCGUCCAAGGAAAUGGUCUCUGUUAAAAUUCUGGAGAAAAAGAGCUUCCGAGCUUUUUUAGUUCAUUUCCGACGGGCUUUUUCUCAGUACUUUAUGGCGCUCUUAGCAGAUAAUUCUUCUGGUUUUCACCUCAGAUUCUUCCCUAAUCAGGUUUAAAAAUAUUUGAUAAAGUUCUCAAGACGGACAGUUUUUUUCGGUGUUUUUUUCUAUGUCACUCAAGAUUUAUACGCUUUUAAAAUCUUCAAAAAAAAUUUUUUUAAAGAGAAAUAUUUUUUUCAAAAAAAGGAUUGUUAACGAUUUCAGUAUACCAAAGAAACUUGGACUGCAUCCGAAAGGCAGAAACCACCGACGGAACCAAAUAUCGCGCCUGUUUCUACAAGUUCAACGCCACCGUCAACGCCGACCCCAACAAUUUCUGCGGGUUCGUCGUUGUUCUCACUUUUUAAAAGAAUUUUUGAGAAUUACAGCUACACUGAGACGUUCCUCGACUGCAUCCAAGACUACUUUGUGCAGGAAUGCAAUUCUUGGGUCCGUUUUUUUUUGAUCCAAAGUUUUUAUACUCGUUUUGAUAAGAAGCAAAAAAAAAACAUCGCAUUUUCUAGGAGCGUAUUUUUUAAUCAUGUUCGAAAGCACCUAUUUAAAUGUGCCUUAAACGAGCUGGAUGAGCUUUGAAAAUAGUUAGUUACAAUCCUAUAGAAAUUCCAAAGUACAGACAUUUCUGAACUUCAAAAGAACAGCCGCCAAUUUUGAACCGAAAAAAGUCCCACAAUGUCUAACCAAACGUCGAGAAGAAGAUCAAAAGAGGAUCCGCUUCAAAAGACGCCGAUUCUAUUCAAACAGUCAUUUGUUCAAGUUGAUGCCGUUUCAAAUUAAUUAUGGCGGAAUUAUUUUACGAAGGCGGCAAAAUUAAAACAUUAGGAGCCGUUGAAAAAUUGGAAAAAUACAUAUACCGGAAUUUGUUUCGCCUAUUUCACGAAGUUGUUUUGAACGAAUCACGUUUCAACUUUGAAAUCGCCAAAUUUACUUUGAACAUGCAUGAGUUUUGUUCCAACCUCCAUCUGCUCUGAUUGAUCAUCAAAAGAUUGACCCCGAUGAUAAAGAAGGAAGAUGGAAUUUCAGGUGGGCUGGAUGGAGUGCGAGAUGGAGCGAGUGGGAUUCGCCGGCGACUGCCUCAACCUCAAAUGCUGA